AUGCAGCCGCAUACCAGCAGCUCUGAAUCUGACACGCUGCAGCCCAAGAGCCAUGGCGUCUUCGAGGAGAGUGUCUACCAAAGGGCACGAGCAGCGAAUAUGAUGACCCUUCUUGCGCUGUUCUUCGCUGAGACGGUGGUGCUCCCAUCCCUCUCCUCCUACCUUGCAGCCUUCCAUGCCGAAUCGACCAUGCUCGGGUUCUGCAUCGCGGCUACGUACGUGGGGAGCAUCUGCACUGCUCCGCUCUUCUCCUGGUUGUACACCGUGACCUCAGCACGUGACCUCUGCCUACUCGCCAUCGUCCUGGCGGCAACAGGGAGCCUCUUCUAUGCUCUUGCUCACAGUGUCAUUGCAAUCCUCUCAGCUCGCUUCCUCGUGGGCUGUGCUGCCGGCGUGCAGGGCUCCCUGGUCGCCAUGUCCAGCGGAAUCUGCAGGAGGGAGGACCGGUACAACACGGUGGUUGCCAUGAAGUCGCUGUACUCGGCCGCCUUCAUCCUCGGCUCGGGGUUGGCGGCAGUCGCCACCUUCGUCCACACCCCCGCGCCCGGCCCCUUCAACCACAUCGAGCAUGCUCUGCCCAGGUACGUUCACAUGCUGCACAUGCCCAACGUGUCGGACGUUGUGAACUCGCGCCUUUCCUUUGGAUCCCUCGGGGGACUGGUGAUCCCUCCUGACCAGCCGGGGGCAUCCAAGACUGCAGCCAAGGCAGCGCUGAUGAAGGUGGUUCGGAGAGAGGAAGGGGGCGCGGGUGCCGCGCGUCAUGCGAGGAAACUUCUAGACUCCGAGGAGCCGGCGCGACGGGCCUUGCCGUCGGUGAACAGCGGGAAAGGACGGUCGAGGGAUCGGAGAGGAACCAGCAACGUGGUGAACGCGAGCAAGACUGGGGCAGGAGCGUUCAGAUACUUCAGCAAGGAUGUGCACAAGAUGACUUCGGAGCUGAACAAGGUGGGCAAGCUCACACAGAAAGAUCUGGGGAUGGGAGGCUUCACCAAAGAGGAAGAGAUCGAAGAGGCUGGAGGGCAGAAAGGUCUCAAGACUGACCAGGACAUCGCCAACGAGAUCGGCGAUCAUCGCAUGUACAUGCCCCAGUACGUCACCGCCAUCGUCGGCCAUGGCCUGCAGGCACCCGGCUUCCUCGGGGUUCUCAUCUGCUCCCUCGCCUUCGCGUUCGUCUACCACGAGUGGAGUUACAUCCCCAGCGAGUUUCCUCGAGAGAAACUUCAGCUGCCCCUGCCAAACCUCCCGCUCUCCUCCUUCAACCCCAGGAGCAACCCUCGCUUCCUCCUCCACCUCACGCCCAUCAUCGCCUGCGUCGCCAUGGAGCUUCUCUUCCAGACCUGGUUGGCUUCGGUCGAGACCAUCGUCGCGCCCAUCACUGGGAUCUACCUGGGUUUUACCAUCGACGCGACGGCUGUCUUCAUGAUGGGCAUCUUCUCAGCUGGGGUCGUGGGCAUGGCGGUGCUGCAGCCGAUGAAGAGCCACUUCUCGACUCGCUCUCUGAUGAUCCUGUGCAUCCUCUUCGCCAUCCUCGGCAUGCUCCUCUGCGUCCCUUGGUUCGGCCAGCUCUCGCCAUGGCAGUACGCCCUCGGCUGCUACACCUGCGCCUUCGCGCUCUUUCCCGCCUCCUCCAUGGCUUCGGAGGUGUUCGCUCGAUCCGUGUACGCGGCUGGAGCAGAGGGAAGGGAUGUCUCGUGGAUGCAGGCCUACUGGGCCGUCACGACCAUCCCCUCCCACGUCAUCGUGCCCAUCGUGCUCUCUUACCUGCUGCAGUUCGACAGGAGCGCGUCGCUCUGCUACCUCGGGCUGCUCAUCUUCUCUGCUCUGACCGCCACUGUGUUCAUGCACUACAGGAGGACGAUGACUACUGCUCACUUGGGCGAGGAGGAUGAUGCGGACGAAGGCACGAGCGUCAUCCCUGCAGCCCCCCAGCAGAGCUCCUACGGGUCCUUCCCUCGACCAGCUCAGCCGACGUAA